GUGUUUACAUCACUACUUUAUAUUACUUAUAAUUUGCGAGUGUUCCUCCACGGGUUGAAUCUGGAAUAAAAAAUUAAAAAUGGCUGAACCAAUUCGUGUUGUUGUCACAGGAGCGGCUGGUCAAAUCGCCUACUCUCUGCUCUACAUGAUUGCACGUGGCGAAGUGUUUGGAAAGGAUCAACCCCUGAUUCUGCAUCUGCUCGAUAUUCCACCAAUGGUUGGAGUGCUCGAGGGUGUCGUCAUGGAACUGGCAGAUUGUGCAUUGCCUUUGUUGCGUCAAGUGGUGCCCACAACGGAUCCCCUCGUAGGAUUCAAGGAUGUUUCCGCCGCAUUCCUCGUUGGCGCCAUGCCCCGCAAGGAGGGCAUGGAACGCAAGGAUCUGCUAUCCGCCAACGUGAAAAUCUUCAAGGUGCAGGGUGAGGCCCUCGACAAGGUGGCCAAGAAGGAGGUGAAAGUGCUCGUCGUUGGUAAUCCGGCGAAUACGAAUGCCUUCGUCUGUGCCAACUAUGCACCAUCGAUUCCACGUGAGAACUUCUCAGCAAUGACUCGUCUGGAUCAGAAUCGUGCAUCUGCACAGAUUGCCACGAAAAUGGGUGUCCCAAUUACUAGUGUGAAUAACAUUAUUAUUUGGGGUAAUCACUCCUCGACUCAAUAUCCAGAUGCUGGCCAGGGCAAAGUGCUCGUCAAUGGUCAGUGGAAAUCGAUUGUUGAGGCCGUUGGUGAUAAUGCCUUCCUCGAGGGUGCCUUCGUUGAAACGGUGCAGAAGCGUGGAGCUGCUGUGAUUGCAGCCCGCAAAAUGUCAUCGGCCAUGUCGGCGGCAAAGGCUGCCUGCGAUCAUAUGCAUGACUGGUGGAAUGGCACUGCUCCCGGUCAAUUUGUAUCGAUGGGCGUCUUCUCCGAUGGCAGCUAUGGUUCGCCAAAGGAUGUCAUCUUCUCAUUUCCCGUGGAGAUCAAGAACAAGCAAUGGAAAAUCGUCGGAAAUUUGCCCAUUAGCGAUUUUGCAAAGUCCAAGUUGAUCUUGACUGGCAAUGAGUUGCAGGAGGAGAAGAAUGAGGCGUUGUCUGUGUUGGAUUCGAAUUGACUGACCGGCAGUGGGGACUCAAAAUUGUAAAUUAGCUAUAGGCCUGAUUAAUGCGCAUUUUUGAGGUAGACUCUUAGAGUAAAAAAUGUUUAUUUUGUGUUAUGCAUUUAUACAAAUUUCAUACAAUGUUUGUAGAUAAUAUAAAUAAUAAAUAUUCCUUGCACGGUAAAAUUAUAUAUACAUAUAUAUUUUUUUUAAUCGGCAAAAACCAA